GCAAAUGCGUGUUACGUCACUAUGCGAUCGGAUUGUGGCGUUUACAGUCUCCUGGCCAGUUGAUGCGUCAGGUUGAUAUUUACCUGCAUCUGAUGCGCUGUACCCUGUGCUGGCAGCGUAGAGACGAGGCCGGGACACCCCUGAGGCCGGAAAAUGGACUCAGUGGCUUUUGAGGAUGUGUCUGUGAACUUCAGCCAGGAGGAGUGGGCCCUGCUGGCUCCUUCACAGAAGAAACUCUACAGAGAUGUGAUGCAGGAAACAUUCAAGAACCUGGUCUCUAUAGGGAAAAAAUGGGAAGACCAGAAUGUUGAAGAUCAGCACAAAAACCAGGGGAAAAAUCUAAGAAGCCAUAAGGUAGAGAGACUCUGUGAAAGUAAAGAAGGUAGUCAAUGUGGAGAAACCUUCAGUCCCAGUCUCUGUGUGACCAAGAAGACUGCCAGAGUAAAAUUAGAUGAAUGUACUGUCUGUGGAAAAGUCUUCACGCGUCGCUCGUCCCUUACUAGACACAUGAGGUCUCACACUGGAUAUGAGCUAAUUGAGAAGCCAUAUAAAUGUAAGGAAUGUGGGAAAGCCUUUAGUUAUCUCAAAUCCUUUCAAAGACAUGAAAGGAGUCACACUGGAGAAAAACCCUAUAAAUGUAAACAAUGUGGAAAAACCUUCAUAUAUCAUCAACCCUUUCAAACACAUGAACGGACUCACAUUGGAGAAAAACCCUAUGAAUGUAAGCAAUGUGGGAAAGCUCUUAGUUGUCCCAGUUCACUUCGAAUUCAUGAAAGGAUUCACACUGGAGAAAAGCCCUAUGAAUGUAAAAAAUGUGGGAAAGCCUUCAGUUGUCCCAGUUCUAUUCGAAUACAUGAAAGAACUCACACUGGAGAGAAACCCUAUGCAUGUAAGGAAUGUGGGAAAGCCUUCAUUUCCCACACAAGUGUUCUAACACACAUGAUAACGCACAACGGAGAUAGACCUUAUAAAUGCAAGGAAUGUGGGAAGGCAUUCAUUUUUCCCAGUUUUUUACGAGUACAUGAAAGAAUUCACACUGGAGAAAAACCCUAUAAAUGUAAACAAUGUGGUAAAGCCUUCAGAUGUUCCACUUCCAUUCAAAUUCAUGAAAGAACUCAUACUGGAGAGAAGCCCUAUAAAUGUAAAGAAUGUGGGAAAUCUUUCAGUGCACGCCCAGCCUUUCGAGUACACCUCAGAGUCCAUACUGGCGAGAAACCCUAUAAGUGUAAAGAAUGUGGGAAAGCCUUUAGUAGGACCAGUUACUUUCGAAUACAUGAAAGGACUCACACUGGAGAAAAGCCCUACGAAUGUAAAAAAUGUGGGAAAACCUUCAAUUAUCCUCUAGAUUUGCAAAUCCACGAGAGGAAUCACACUGGAGAAAAACCCUAUGAGUGUAAGGAAUGUGCAAAAGCCUUCAUUUCUCUUGAAAACUUUCGAAGACACAUGAUCACACACACUGGAGAUGGACCUUAUAAAUGUAGAGACUGCGGGAAGGCAUUCAUUUUUCCUAGUGCGUUACGAACACAUGAAAGAACUCACACCGGAGAGAAGCCCUUUGAAUGUAAACAAUGUGGAAAAGCCUUUAGUUGUUCCAGUUACAUUCAGAUCCAUGAAAGAACUCACACUGGGGAGAAACCUUAUGAAUGUAAGGAAUGCGGGAAGGCCUUUAUUUAUCCCACAAGCUUUCAAGGACACAUGAGAAUGCACACUGGAGAGAAACCCUAUAAAUGUAAAGAAUGUGGGAAGGCCUUUAGUCUUCACAGUUCCUUUCAAAGACAUGAAAGAAUUCACAGUUGUGAGAAACCUCUUGAAUGUAAGCAAUGUGGUAAAGCUUUCAUUUUAUCCACGUCCUUGCAAAAACAUAUGAGAAUGCACACUCGAUAGAAACUCUAUAUAUGUGAGAAAGAGAGGAAAGUUUUCAGUUCUAACAGAUACUUUCAAAGUUAUGAAAAUUCCCACUGAAGAGAGAAAUCCUAUAAAUGUAAGUAAUAUAGAAAGCAAGUUACAGGAUAAUUCAUGUACAGUCAGGUACCACAUAAUCGUGUUUCAGUCAGCAAUGGACCAUAUAUAAGUUGGUGGCCCCUUAAGAUUAUAUAACAGCUAAAACAUUUCUAUCACCUGUAAUUUAGUAGUAGUAGUAACACCACAGCACAGCACAUUAAGUGUUUAUGGUGAUGCUUGUGUAAACCUGUUGCACUUCCAGUUAUAUAAAAGUACAACAGCUUGGCCUGGUGGCUCACACCUGUAAUCCCAACACUGGGAGACUAAGGCAGUAGGAAUUACUUGAUGCAGGGAGUUUGUGACUAGCCUGGUCAACAUAGACCCCCAUCUCUACAAACAAUAAAAACAUUUUCUAGAUGGGGUCACACGUCCUGUAGUUCCAGCUACUUGGAAGGCUGGGGCAGGAGAAUUGCCUGAGCCCAGGAAUUUGAGGCUAUAGUGGAACAAGAUCACGGGAUGGCAGUCCAGCAUGGGUGACAGAGUGAGACUCUGUAUCCAAAAA